AAAAAAAAAGAAAAGAAAGAAGAAGAGAGAGACGAUCGUGUUCCUCCACACUCUGUUAGUUUUCUGCGUUACAUUAUAUAUAGUUGAGAAAGUUCACAGCGAUAUCAAAGGGAAAGUUUGAAGAAAAACUCGUGUUCAUGGAGUCAGCAUUUUAUUGAAUAAGUUACGUACAGUUUCUCCCUUCUUUCCCAGUGCGAGUUUCAAGAUAUAGCAGCCAGUUCUUUACGAACUCCCUUUCGAAAUGCUUUUCGUGUUUUGCGACACUGCGCAUCUUCGAUUUAUUACGCGUGAAAAUGUUUUCAAUUUUUCCCACAGAGAACGUGAAUUUUUUUUUUAAUUAAUUUAUAAUUAAUUUAUAUAAUUAAUUUAGAAACAAUGAAAACAAAUGUGAAACUUUCUCCCCGAGGAAAUAUCUAAUUCGUUUGAUGACAUCUCUCUGGUCUGAUCGUUUUGCUAGCUUAGUCCAAUGAAUUUUCUUCCCCAAAAAAUUCGCAAAAUUUUGUAUAAUUUUCGAAGGGAUAAAAGGAUUUUUCGAAAUAAAUCACAGGUCAAGACCAACCAAGACUCGAUUUAAAGUAGAACAUUCUUUUGUCCGGUUGGUCGAUCGAUAUUCUUUCAAUGUUUCGUGAAAAAUGAUACUAUUUACAUUUCGAUUCCAAAUAUUUCUUUUCGAUUGAUACAUAUGGUACACGAUUUCAGAGUCAGAAAAUGUAUACAAUCGUGUAUUCGUACUUUUUCUUUUUUUUUUCGUGUACAUUUUAUUUACAACACGAUUAGAAUUGUAAUAUAAUUAUUAUACCACUUUCUAACGCGUAUUAAGUUUGAAACGAUACGUUGAUUAAUACACCACUAUAAUUAUCUAAUUAUGCGAAUAAAUUCUGGUUACGUAAUAUAUCAAGUUAAUAAUAUCUGAAUGAUAUUUGUGUACCGCAUAAUUUAUUUAUGCCAAGCUAAUUAUAAUCAGGAAGCACCAUUCGUAAUAGCAAGACGAAUAUUAAUGUAUUCGAUACGAUGGAAGCUUAUUUCUAUUAUAUAAUCGUUGACCUCAAAUUCUCUGAUUCGCAUUCGCGUCAAAGAAUUUAAAUAGGAUAAUGUUCGGGAUUCCAUCGUGAAAAAUUGGCGAAAUAAAAAUCUUUCUUUCUUUCUUUUUUUUUUUUAUUUCAUUUAUAUCACGUUUAUCAGCUUCGUAACAUCAGCGAGACCGAAUCGACGGUAUUGAAUGAAUAUCGAAUUAAUAACAGAGAGAAAUACAAUAAUACGAAAUUUUUCAAUUUUCAUUUAGUUCGAUUAAUCGUAUCAUCUCCAUUUCUCUAAUUAUCGAAAAGAAGGGCGUCGAUCCUGACUUUAAACUCUCCAAUUUGAGGGGGGAAAAGGCGAGGAAAAAAUCCCAUCGCAUCUUUCACCCGAUGAAAUCCCCUUUCGAACACAUCCGAAUCCCUCGAAACAAAUCCCUCCGAAUCGAAUCUCCUUUCAAACAUUAACCGUUCGAUCUCACGUUAAACCAAUAUAUAUCUGUACAUAUACCCGUGCAAAGCGACAUAUCUGUACUUAAUCCCCUGGCUAAUAGAAUAUUAAGGGAUCGAAUUGAUUAAUCGGCGAUUGUAAUUUUACCGUUGACCACUCUUCUCUCCCCUUCUUUCAUAAAGUCACGAAACGCAACGGCGAGCUGAAUCACGAUUCGUCGAGCGAGAUAAAAUAUCCACUUCGUUUCUCGCUCUUUUUCCUCUUUUCGUCGAAGAACGAUCCCGUGACGAAGAAUCCUUCGAUGGAUUUUAAUUUUAAUUUUUUUCCUCUCUCUUUUUUGAAAUAAUUUUAAUUUAAAAUCGAAAAUUAAAAAGACACGUACGCGUAUCUCCGAAGAGGUUAAUUCGGUUAACCUUUUAGUUAGUUCUAUCUAAAAGCGUUAUCUGGAAUGGCAGAAAGAGGGAUAAUUGACGGGCGACGAACGAUCCGUGGUGGAAGGAAGGAAGGAAGAGUGUGGCGCGAGCUGGCGCGAGGAGAAGCGGUCCUGGAUUCAGUCGGCGGCCAGGAUUCGUGGCGCGCGCGUCGAUGUACGUGGGCCGGCUCGCUCGUCGACUCGCACCACUUGCGCCGCGUUACCAAUCGCCGAGCGUCACCAUUCGAAACCAUAGCUGGCCGCGAUUUAAACUUUCGCUCGAUGAAAUGAAAAAAAAUGUUCUCGCGAAUGGAAGCACCAACGAAAGCGUAAUUCUUCCUUUUCCUUUUCUCUUUCUUUCCCCCUCUCUUCUCUUCACGAUUCUCCAGAGAGUUAUCAAAGGCGAUUUAUUUCUUUCGAAUGUGUAAAGAAGAAGAGAGAAGAGGACUCGUGCGAAAAAGGGGGAGGGGGGAAAUUUGUUAAAAGUGUUGAAAUAACGCAAAUUUCUCGUCGAUCUUUCCUCUUCCCGCUCUCUCUUUUUCUCUUUUGCGACCAAUCGAUCGAUUUCGUUUACUUAUUCGACGCAAAGUGAAUAUUUCCUUCAUGAAGAUCAAGAUUUUUCGUUUCGAACCGGAGGAUGGAACGUUUGUGUGUGUCGUGCGACAAUAACGCGAUGAUCCAUUAUCGUAUUCUCCCUUCCUGUGACAGAAAUUGACAAUUGCUUUAGAAAAUUAAUCGUUCAUAUGUGGAAACACUGAUGUUGAAUUCUGAUGAAUUUGAAACUGAAUUGUCCCGAGAAAUGGCAAAUUUAUCGACGGAUUUACAGGUUAAUUUUUAAGAAGAUACGAUACGAGAGACCGAUUAAAAAUAAUAAAUUAUUUUAUGAAUAUUUAUCAUUGACAAUUUUUUCGUUACGAUUGAAAGAAAGUUUAAUUUAAAGAAAUUCUAUGGAUGAUACGCGAAUGACACGUCAAAUAUACUAAGCACCUCGAACUGUUCACGAUCAAUAUUUUAUAGGCGUAUUUAAAUUAAUUUUUUUCCAGUAAACAAGCGGUGGACAUUUUAUCAAGGUUUGCCAACCAAAUAAAGCCUGCUCGUUACAAAAUUUGCAUCGUGAAGAUCGAGAUCGACAUUUGGAUCAAACGGAUUCGUUUCGUAACAUAAACGAACGAUAACUAUUUCCGGAAUCCUUUGACACAUAUACAAUAGUUCACAACUAUCAUCCGUACAAUUCGAUACGGAAUGUAGAGCAGAAUUUAUACACGGUGAAAAUUCGUCGCAAUCACGAACAGAAUCUAUCCUGGUUCGAAGUCGAAUUCGUCGAAACUUAGGAGCAAUUACCAUAAAAUGUCGAUCAAUCGUGAUCUCAGAAAUUCUCGUCCUUCUGAUACUCUCACUCAACUUGUUUAAGACCCGUUUAACCCCCCAGAGUCUCGGCCGGAUCUAUCUGUCGGAUGAACCGAAGCAAGGAUUUAUCGGUUUUACAAGCGUAAGAUAUUCGCAAUAAGAUAUGCGUUAAGAGCAAUAUAUAUAUACCGAACGAUAUAUACAAAUUUUCAAGGAAAGAGAAACUUUUCACCUAAUAAAAAGGUGGAAGAAAACGACGAAUUGUGGAUGAUCCAAGUUAAAGAAGUUUUAAUUAAAAAUUCGUUCACCGAUCGAAGGAUUUGAAAGAUAUUUACGCGAUAUUUAAGAGAGGAAGGAGAAUUCGCGAAGAGAAAGUUUAUUGUAAACUAUUCGAUUUGACCGAGUUUAAAUGUGGAACGAGGGGCAGGAAGUUCGAAAAUCUUGCGAGAAGAAACGUUCCUUCGAAUCGUGAAUUCAUCGUGAAAUCUCCAAAGUGAAAUGUGUACGACAUCACUCGGUUAUUUUCGACUUAUUUCCAUACGAAUAAAUAUCGGUAGUGGGUUGAUCCGCUGCAACAGGAUUAUCAUAAAAAAGUACUUCGAUACCUCCUUGUUACUCCGUUUCAGCAACGAUUGAACGACGAGCUCGACGACUAUUUUCAUCGAUGGAUGUAAGCUGGCCGUACGUUGAAUCGUUAUCGGAAUAUCAAAAUCAAAUUUACAAGGCGAAGAGAAUCGAUUUCACGUAGAUAUCGGCACGAGUCUUAAGUUUAAUCGUUUAACACCGAUUUCACAGAGGCGACCAUCCAUGGAUGGAACACGGAACAUCGAUCAAAUUCGAUCGCGUUGCACAAUCGUAUCGUAAACCCCUUUAAAUGGGGUUGAACUGUGAACGGUCGUUUUGAAUAAGAUGAUGAUGUCGGCCACGAAUUACAACGAAACCGAUACCGGAACGAUGGCCAAUUAUUUUGGUAAUUCCGAUCUGGAUCAAUCGUUCGCCACCAAUCUGCCCCAGCCAACAACUACGUCCUCCGUUUUGAACGUGACAACGUUGCCAACAGUGGCGGCCACGCAUUACGGCCAAACGAAUCUGCUCGAGAGUUUGAUCGUCCCUCUGUACGGAAUAAUAUUUCUCCUCUCCAUCGUUGGGAAUUCGUUGGUGCUGAUCACCCUGGCACGUAACAAGAGGAUGAGGACAGUGACCAACGUUUAUUUAUUAAACCUGGCGGUUUCGGAUCUGCUGCUCGGCGUCUUUUGCAUGCCUUUUACACUUCUUGGACAAGUUCUGAAGAAUUUUGUUUUUGGUAUAACGAUGUGCAAACUAAUACCGUAUUUUCAAGCCGUGUCGGUGUCUGUCGGCGUAUGGACACUGGUCGCCAUCUCUUUGGAGCGUUACUUUGCCAUCUGCAGGCCACUGAAGUCGAGAAGAUGGCAAACACAGUUCCAUGCUUAUAAAAUGAUUGCCGUGGUUUGGACAGCCAGUCUUACGUGGAAUGCGCCAAUUCUUGUUGUUUCGCGAUUAAAAAGUAUACGCGAUGGAAGACAAAAGUGCCGAGAGGAAUGGCCGAGCGUUGGCGCCGAGCGAGCUUAUAAUCUUUUCUUAGACGGGACCCUGCUUUUAGUUCCCUUAAUCGUGAUGAGUCUGGCUUAUUCUUUGAUCGCAGUGAAACUUUGGAGAGGAUUACGGCAGGAAAUUCGUCAGUCGUCCAAUUGUCAGCAACGUCUUGAGAGGAUAGAAUCGGCGAGGGCGACGGCGAAGAAUUCCACGUAUGACAAAGGUGAUGGAGGGGCGAACACCACGGUCGUUCUCAAUGCUUGCGGCGCAUCCUCGAGAUUAAGGCGAGGAUUUCCCUCGUCCUCCCACGGAUACUACCAUGGCUCUCCUCAGGGAGUGGCGUCUAGGGUGAGAAAGAUACGCGUUCCGAGAAUGAAAGUAUCCAGUGUAUUCGGUGGAAAAUUAAAAGGAUCGGAUUUUUCCAAUGAAUCGAGAGUGCAGGUUCGUAGCAAUGGAAAUAAUUGUGUUUCGAGGGAUACGAAAGAUUCCUCCAACGAGGAGCAACAAGAUUCGGGCUGUCCAUUCAAUAGGCAACACAUUAUACGAAGUAAUUACAUGGGCAAAAGUAUCGAAGCCAAGAAAAAAGUGAUAAGGAUGCUGUUCGUGAUCGUGCUGGAAUUUUUCGUCUGCUGGGCACCGUUGCACGUGAUCAAUACCUGGUAUCUUUUCGCGCCAGAUUUCGUGUAUUCGACCGUCGGCAGCACGGGGAUCAGCCUGGUACAAUUACUUGCCUACGUGUCGAGUUGCUGCAAUCCGAUCACGUAUUGCUUCAUGAACAGAAAGUUUCGUCAAGCGUUCCUUGGCCUUUUCGAUUGUCACCGUUGCUGGAGACGGAGUCACUUCUUUUUCUUUCUCUCUCUUUAAUCGACUCUUGGACGUCUUGUUUACUCUCCUCUAUAUCUCGCUUCAAUUUUUUCCCAAUCUUGGUUUGCUCCGUUGUUCGAGAAGGAGGGGAUCGCGGUUCGUUCGGAAAAAAAGAGAGAAAGAGAAAAAAAAUUGAGAAGUAUCGAGCGCGAUAUGUACUUUCCACUGUGAAAUUGCGAAGGGGUGUUGCGAGCCACCCUUUGGCCGAGAGGCCAAUUUUUCGCGCAGCAUUAUUACUCUUAACGCUUCCGUCGAUGUAGAAAAAAUAUUCGAUGCACAAAGUUUGCGAGUUCAAACGUACGAGCAAAUGGACGGACGAUGGAAUCAAAUAACGAGCAAAAGUCGAUCGUUGAUCAAACGUAUAUUACAUAAUGGACGAAUAAAUGAAACGAUUUUGUUUGUUCCCUGAAAACGUUAAACAAUACGUAAGUACACCGAUUAAAAUUCAAAGACAAAGCGUGUUUAUCGAAAUAAUCGAAACGCGCGAUUGCAACGAGAUAUGCCCUUCAGUUCAAUCCGAUGUUUCGAACGAAAUGUCCAAAUCCAAUCGCGUUUCGAAUUCGAUUUUCGAUCGUAAGAUGGAAAAAUCUA